AAUACCUAAGCUGAACUCAAACGUUGACACAUGUAACGUUUCUAUCCAGCCCCAUCAUUCCAGACAUCACAUUCUCAUCUUAUCCUUUAUCUCAUGUAACGCCUCUCAUUCGAUUUCUUUCCCAGUUGACUGCCACAGUAGAGCUCUCCCGAUUAUCAAGUAUUCAAUGUUGACCGCUCGCGAUCGGGUCAGCUUGCUUCAAGAACCAGAACUUUUGGGUAGACCUUUGAAGGUAAGAAGUGGCGGGGCAAUGAAGGAUUCAAAUAUAAAGUCUCUUAAAAAGGCCAAUGUUUUGUGUGUGCAUGUUUAUGUGUGUGUGGGUAAUUGUAAUUACAAAUUCCAAUCUGUGCUUAGUACAUAUAUUCUUCAACAGUGUCAACACUUCUAAACCUUCAACUAAGUUGUGUAUUUUAUAUGCAUGAUCGUCUAUG